AGGCCAUACACCGUCUGCCCGCUGCGCCGACGCCGAGCUGUUUCAAACAUGGAGCCAACGUCUCCCUAGUCCCACUCAUUCGUGCCGUUCCUUAACAUCCACUCAUUCAUGUUCAGAGGAACCAUUCAGCGCUGCCCCGAUUUGGACACUGCCAACACUGCCUGGACCGCUGACGUUCCUCCGCGUUCUACAGGCUCGGUGCCGUCCCAGAUCUCGGCUGCGUCGCGCGUACACCCCUUCGUGAUUCUUAUCGGCUGGCUCGUCCAACGCGCUCGGCUGGCUCGUCACCUCGCAUCAGCCGACACCGAGACGACAGUCACCAAGCCACCAUGUGUUCACCGUCUCGAUCGGUCACCGCUCGCACCAUCGGCUCGAGUGCGAGCGCGAGAAGCUCCCUCCGACCCGGCUCAUCCCGCACUCGAUGUCAAGACGUUCUCACGCACGUUCCUCCAUCGUCACCAGCUUCCACCCGGUGCCUCCGACUCUCCUUCCUCUUUCCUCCGACCCGCGGGCUCCUCCUGGUACCUCCGACCAUUGCCUCUGACCCUCCCGAUCUCCCCAGCCCGCUCGCACCGGGCGCGAAGCGAGUCCAAACUCGGUGGUGUCUUGGUGAACUGGUGGCUGUGCUCGCACUCAACGUCGAGCUUGAUUGCUUGAGAAUAUGCGAGAUUCUGCUUCAUCCCGCGGCCCGCGGAGGAGACAGCCCGCAUCCGCCGCUUCUAGUGACCCACCGCUAGGUGAUUGCGAGUUUUGAACUUUGAGCGGCG